AUGAGGUUCACUUUCAGCGUCCUCCUUCUCGGACAAUCAUAUGAGCAGCCUUCUGUCUCAGUGACCCCUAGUACAAUAGUCACCCUUGGAGAAAAUAUCACAAUCCACUGUGUAUCUCGCUAUUUAGGUGCAACAUAUUACCUGUACAAGCAGCAACAUGUUCUUCUGCUAGUCCAGGCAUUGAACUAUGACUAUGAGGCUGUGUUUCCAAUUGCCAACAUCAAACAAUCUGAUCAGGGAACCUAUGGAUGUUUAUAUUGCCUCUUGCACUACGGAUGCUCACACCUCAGUGAAAGAAAAAACAUUCAGCUAGCAGCUCAAGUUUAUCCUAAGCCUUCAAUCUCGGUAGGUCUCAGUGGAAUCCUCACCAUUGGAGGAAAAGCCAACAUCUACUGUAACAGUGAAAACAACUUGCAUACAGAUUUUUAUCUGUAUAAACAAGGGACAUCACUUCUUCAGAAAGUUAAGAACACCCAAUCCAGUGAGGCUGUAUUUCUCAUUACCAGUGCUCAACAAUCAGAUGGAGGGAUCUACUGGUGUGCCUAUUGCUUCAGUUCGAACUCUGAUAAACAAUGCUCAAAGUUCAGUGACAGCAUACACAUCAACAUAACAGAUCCAAGCCUUAAAACACCUUCCAUCAGUGUGAGACCCAGGGGGCUUCUUGUCCUGGGCUCAGAUGUCAUCAUUGAGUGCGAAGGACCAGAGAAUGGUCUGAACUUCUCCCUGCACAAAGCCAGCCACCUGAUUGCAUCACAGCUGUCAGAGCCCAGCAGAAAUGUAACCAACUUUGCUCUGUCUAUGAAGAGGCUGGAGGAUGCAGGAAAUUACACCUGUCUGUAUCACCACAGAGAAAAUCCCUUUGUCUGGUCAAAGCUGAGCAACCCUGUGGAGCUUAUUGUGACAGAACGAUCCAUGACAACCAUAUGGGCAGGCUGUGCUGCUGGCCUUCUUCUGGUGGUUCUUUUGCUGUUGCUUGCCUUUAUAUUAUACAGAAAAAGGAGAAAGGGUCCCGAAAUCAAUAAGAGAGGCCAAGUCAUAAACAUGCCCAUUGGAGCUGAUGCUAAAGCAGUCUAUGAUGAAGUCUCCUAUGGAGGAGACCUUGACGGAGUCACCUAUGCUGUACUAAACCAAGACUCCCUGAAAAUCAAGUGGACGACUGUUUCUGACAGUCCCCCUGGGCCUUGUGUCUAUGCAUCAGUGGCUGAUGACAGAAACAGGGAGGGUCACUAAGCAGCUUUCCAUACUUCAGCAAUCCAUCAAGCAGCUAAGGCGCUGAUUGAUAAGAACUGGAAGUCACAGAAAGUUUCAGCUAUCAAAACCUGGAUCAGCAGCAUGUGGUUGAUAAUUAAACUUUCAAGAUUACAUAAUUAAAAUAUCUGAUCAAAGGAUGGGAGACAGCAAAGCCUCUUUAAAACAUGGGAACUUUUUCUUAUUUAUUGGUGGCAGCAAAUAAAUCUAGAUGUACAUCUAUUUAAUUGGUUCACUUUAUAAUUGAACUAAUCAUGGUGUCUUCCUGAAAGGCUGGAGAAUAGGUUUAAUAUUUGUUAGUUUGUGAUCUAUGUUGCUGGUGGAUAUAAGUUUAAAAUUUUCAAUUAAAAAAAGUUAUUGCAUAAGUAAACUUGGAGUGCUGCAUAAAGUUGGCACCUCCCUUCAUUUUGUACUUUCAUGCUGUGGCUGAUUGCCGCUAUUCCACUAAAGGCAAUGGCAUUCUGAGGAAAUCCUUCAGAACAGUUGACACCACUGCUGAAUGACAUUGUUUGCGCUCCCUCACAACUAGCCCUGGAGCAGAACCUUGAGGCUACCUCUGGUUUUCCCUUCCAUGGUAGUAAAGGAACAUCUUUGUCAACUAGAAAGAUUUCACUUGGGCCUACCUGCUUCUCCAGUCUUCUUGCUACAGCUAUAAGAGGCAGCUUCUGUUACCAGAAUGGGGAAGAAGUGCUGUGUUCAGCUGUGGUGAUUCUGUGAGCAUUUGAAAGUGAUCCUGAUAUUUUACAAACAGCAUUAAAUCUUCCAUAUGCAAAGGCUUUAAAAAAAUGAAUGAAAAUUAAAAUUCUCCCCCAUUUUAUUCAGACUGCUUUAUUGUGAGUUGAAGGACUGGGGUAAGUAUAUGACCUUGUCUUGCACAUCUAGCCAUCUCAUUUCAAUUCAGCUGUGAUUCUGACUCUUCAGGAAAUCAGUUCCUGUUAAGUUACUGAGAUUUGGCUGCCAGUAUAACUGGCAUUUUGUCUCCAUUCUGAAAAUCUCCCAUAUAGUAAUCUUGAGAGGUUUCAUACUUCAGUACUGGACUGCAGUUCCUGCCAGAAAGCAAAAGAGUACCUUCAACACUUUACAAUAUAGGUACUCCCUUAUUAAUAGAACAAACUUCUGUGUUGAAGGUCACUCAAUUAGAGCUAGGAAAAAAGACAUUUUAAGAAUUUAUCUGAUAGUUGCUUGAAAGGGAAUUGGGCUUUAGAUCCCAAAGCCUUCGAGGAAGAAUUUAAAAAGAUUGAAUACGAUACUCCUCCCUUAUAGACUGCAAAUGACAAAGUCCAAGGUCAAAUAAACUAUUCUCCCUUUCACCUUGUCCCCUCCCACCUUUUUUUCCUUCUGCUUACUGAUGUGGUAUUAUUUUCUUCCCAAAUGUGGUUAAUAGAAGUUGGUCAAGCAAUUUUCAAAAUAGACCGUUUCUAAGUCAGCAUGGUGUUGUAUUGUCAUACUAAGAUCUGGGAGACUCCAGGUUCGAAUACCCACUCUGCCAUAGAAACUUGGGCCUACUGCUCUCAACUGAACCUACCUCACAGGGUUGUUGUGAGGAUACAAUGGAGAAGAGGGGAAUGAUGAAAGCCACUUGGGGUCACCAGAGGGGAGAAAGGUAGGGAAUAAAUGAAUUUGAUAAUGAAGAAAA